AUGGCUGCCCUCGAUCCGCAUGGUAGUGGCUAUGACGACUACGACGCCGCCUACGACGUCGAGGACGAAGGCGCCGAGCGCCGCCCCAUGACGGCCAUCAAGGGUGCUGGCUUCUCCUCAAGCAAAGGCCGCUCAAGCAACUUUGAUCCGAUGGCCACCGACAUCCCGGCGCCUCUGGAAAAGACCCAGGACACGAGCCCCGAGGCCAACAUUCGCAACCUUGAGGCCAAGGUCCAUGAUUUUUUGGAAGAAUCCUCAUUUGCAGUCAGCAAGCGCAAAUUUCAAGAGGUGCUGGUGCAGCUGGCCAACGUGUACCAGUUCUGUGAAAUGUAUACCGAGUCCAUCAACACACUCAUGGUUCUUGUCAAGAACAAAACUUUUGACCGAGCCGGUCGUCUCCGCGUCAACAUUGGUAACAUCUACUUUAAGCAGGGCAAGCACCUGCAGGCCGUCAAGCAGUAUCGCAUGUCCCUGGAUCAGAUUCCCUCAGAUCAGCAACAGCUCAAGAAUCGGGUACUCAAAAAUAUCGCCCAUUGCUUUGUCAAGAUGGGCCAGUACGCUGAUGCCAUGAAAACCUAUGAACAUGUGCUCGAGCAGACGCCUAUUCGUGUCCACGGCGAUAUGUGUGUGGUUCCUGCAACUCAUCGGUCCAUUGCGUGCGGCCGUGCCGAGCAGGAAAUGGAGGGUAUGGAGGAACGCGAACCGGGGAAUGACUUUCAAACGGCUUUCAACUGCAUUCUCUGCUACGUUGCCAUUGGCGAGCGGGAUCGCAUGAAGCGUGGCUUCAUCCGCAUGCUCUCGCUUCAGUUGGACGGCGAUCCCGAUGGCGAUAAGUAUCUCAACGUUCAGGAUGAUUCACAAGUGCAAAUGUUUCUCGAUGCCGUCAAGGACGACCAGCUGCGUGGCUUGGAGCGCCGUGCCAAGAAGCAUGCCGAGCGCUACCUGUUGUUGGCAGCGCGCUUGAUUGCCCCGCUGAUCGAGAGUGAUUUUGCCGAUGGGUUUGAUUGGUGCAUUGAGAAGAUCAAGGCCUCGGCCUUCAACCCACUGGCCAGCGAACUCGAGAUUCAUAAGGCGCUCUCCUAUCUCAAGGUCAAAGAAUUCAAAAAAGCCGUCAAGCUCCUCAAGGGCUUUGAGAAGAAGGAGUCGCACAUGCUCUCCACCGCCGCCACCAACUUGGCAUUCCUUUACGCCCUCGAAACCGACUACACGCAAGCCGAGGAAUAUGCUGAUCGCGCCAUUCAAGCCGACAAAUACAACCCCAACGCCAUGGUGAACAAGGGCAAUUGUUUGCUGGCACAAGAUAAACACGCCGAGGCCAUUGAGUUUUAUCACGAGGCCUUGGCUGUGGAUUCUGGCUGUUUUGAGGCCCUGUACAACCUGGGCUUGGCCCAUCGACGCCUCGGAGACCUUGACGAGGCAUUGGAUUGCUUUCUCAAGCUCGCCGACAUGCUGCCCGAGCAUGCCGAAGUUGUUUACCAAGUUGCUGCCGUCUAUGAAGAGCUCGAAGAUUUUGAUCAGUCAUGUGAAUGGUUCGAAACAUUGAUUGGCUUGGUGCGCACCGAUCCCAACGCACUUCGUCACUUUGGUGAGCUGUACGACAAACUGGAGGAUAAGUCGGAAGCCUUCAAGUAUCACUUUGAGGCGUUUCGCUACUUCCCGUCGGAUAUUGCCACAAUCUCAUGGUUUGGAUCCUACUACAUCGAGUCGCAAUUCAUUGAGAAAGCCAUUCAGUACUUUGAGCGCGCGGCUGAAGUACAGCCUGGACAGGUCAAGUGGCGCUUGAUGAUUGGCUCGUGCUAUCGGCGCACAGGCAACUAUCAGCAGGCACUUGAAGUGUACAAACGGACGCAUCGCCUCUUUCCGGACAAUGUUGAGUGCCUCAAGUUUCUUGUUCGCAUCUGCACAGACAUGGAUCUACCCGAGGCUCAGGAUUUCGCGGUGGCCUUGAAGCGCGCUGAGCAAAUGACGGAGCGCAAGAGAAGCGCAACGACUCGCGCCAACAGCGGUCGUCGCACCCGCAGUGGCCGCACUCUCGGCCACUCUGCCUCCAAAGCCCGGGCCAGCAGCGGCACAAACUCGCUCAGUAGCUCGACCAAUGCCUUUCCAGCAGAUGCAGCAGCCGUGGAUGCACAUGAGGCAGAGGUAACGCCCAAGCCCCAGGCCCUUGAUGCGUCCUACAAGGACCCCAUUGGCCAAAUGCCAAACCGUCCCAAGACGGCCGCGCAACGCUCUCAGCCCCCUGAUGAGGAGAACUGGGAUGAUAUUGAUGACGACCUGCUCCCCGACUAG